AUGGACAAGGUCGCAACGGGCCAGGCCAUCUCUCAUGUGAGUCAUGACUCGAGGAAAGGAAGGGUGCACAGUGCUGGUGCUGCUGAUGCCACGUGGCAGCGUCUGAUUGGAGAGCUCCAGGCGGACUCGUUCUGUGUAAAGCCCGCGACAGACGGGUGCUCUGCUGGCGUCGCCCGGCUCGCCACCCCAUCUGAUCUAGCAGCCUACAUUGCAGCAGUCAGGGAUGCUGCCCCUCGCCUGCUACCAGGCCAGCUUUCUACGCUGUGUGGGAUAGUGGAAAUGCCUGUUCGCCCCCCGACCCACCUCCUCUUCGAACCCUUUAUCGAAACAGACCCCAUUCGACCGCUGGCAACCGCACAGCAGCAACAGAACCAGCAGCAGCAGCAGGAGGAGGAAGAGGAAGCGGAGGGCACGUGUGACAAUAAUGAGGGGCUGGUGUGGGAGGGGAGGAGGCGGUGGGUGGAGGUGACUGUAGGGGUGGUGGGGCACCGGGGCAGGAUGAGGGCUCUGGCCCCGAGUGUGACUGUAAAGGAGGCUGGAGACGUGCUAACACUGGAGGAGAAGUUUCAAGGUGGCACUGGCAUCAACCUCACUCCGCCUCCAACAUCCAUCAUCGGUGCAAGAGCCCAAAAGGAGGGCAAGAGACGCAUUGAGAUGGUAGCCAAUGCUCUUAACAUUGAUGGUUUCGCCCGAAUUGAUGCCUUCAUGCAUGCAGACACUGGCGAGGUGAUUGUUAUUGAGGCUAACACUGUCCCGGGCAUGACUCCGUCAACUGUGCUCAUGCACCAGGCCCUAGCUGAGUCACCACCAAUUCGACCACGAGAUUUUUUUGCCAUGGCAGUUGAGCAUGCAAUAGAAAGGCAUACAAACAGUGAUGUGUAA